AUGGAACAUGAGCUGCACAGCACAGCCACACUGCACCAGACAAGUGCCAACACCUCACUGGCCACCCAGGGUGGCUCCUUGGCAGAUGGUGGUGGAAUCAGGCACCCUGCAGCUCAGGGACAGACAGUCCUGGCCAUGCCGAGAGCCUCUGUCAUGGUUGCUGUAUGUGGGUGUGAUGCAUCCACAGUUUUCCAGGGGAGGUGCUGCUGCCAGACUGUGAUGGACAAGGAGGAGGGAGGUCAGCCAGGGCAGAAGAUUCAUUAUUCCCUUGAAUUCCUUACGGAUAAUCCCACUCCCACACCAUAUUGUGAUCUUGCCAAUAUCAACAAUCCUGGUACUUCUAAGAGAGUAAAUAAUUCUUUAAUAAUAGAUAAAAAUUCUACAUGGCAGAGAGACAUGGAAGACAGGUUUAUUGUGCUGGACAACCAUGAAAGUAGGUAUACGUGCUUUCUCCAGAUUCUUGAUGGCUGUCACAGUGUGACAGCUACAGAAACAAUUGUAGCAAAGCUUCCACUUCAAUUUCUUCAACAGCUUUCUCACAUAGAUUCCUCCUACAAAGAUAAAAAUGACAAAGAGCAAAUUCUAGAUUUUUUUUUUUUUUUCCCCCCACAUUAAUCAAGGCAGAUUACAGGGAAAAAGAGGAGAACCAGGCAAUGAGGAGACCAAGAUGACCAGUCUAUUAGGAAAGGGUAUGCUAAGUCCUUUUGGAGAAUCAGAUUUUUACAACUGGGCAGGAAUGAGGUUUCCAAAGUUCACUGGAGUGACAGUCCAGUGGUAAAAAUCCCUAGCGAAGAGAUGGAUGGCACUGGGGAAGAAGAAAUAAAACAUCUUGAAAACAACACCUGUUCAUUAGCCAGGACAGCCUAAGCUGUUGCUGGGCUACUGCACGUUGUUAUUAUAGGUAGAAGAAAUCUGCCUUCACAGACUACACUUAGCUCUCUCCUACACUCAAUGAUGCCAAUACUGCCCAAGAAACGCAACUACUGUAGCCAUGUCUCUCAAGAGCACAGCACUUCUAAUGUGAGAGAAAAACUUCAGAAUGGUGGAAACAUCAGCACUAAUAAACCAGCAGUAGAGGGAUACCUGAGAACUACAAGGGCUCCUGGACAUCACAGAGCUCCAGUACAAAGAACAUCUGUUAUACCUGUACCUCGUAUUGCAUCUUUCCCUAUCAGUGUUACUUGCCAUUUUCUUAUUUUGGCUUCUAACGGACUUUGAGGGGUUUUGGAUUACCUGAAGUACUUGCACCAACUCUUAACAUUCACUCAUUUGAGAAUGCAUGAACGCUGUUCAACAAAACAGAACUUUGUGUAUCUAAGUGACUCAAAAGGCAAUUUGAAACACAAUCAGUGAAAAUGUUCUAGGAAGAAUUACAGGCAAAGUAAAAAUGGAAUUCCUAAUAAGGAAACCAAUGACCACAAAAAUCAACCUAAUCCAGAACUGUCUCUUUCAGUAACAACAAUGUAAAUUCAAAGAACAGAGAUACAGUGCUCCAAUUCUAGCACAUAAGGUGACUGAAGAACUCAAUUCAAGGACAGAAAAUUGUAUCUAAAUUUCAACCACAGUGAGACUUCAGAGCAAGAAGAAACCAACACUUUCUGCGCAACGGAUCCAAGUCACAGCUAUAACAGAGAAUGCAAGAGAAUGCGCUGGCAUCACGGGCGUGAUGUUGGUCAAGAACUGCUAAAGACUGUAUCACCAUGGGGUUCUAAACCACCACAGUUUGAAAAAGACAUAAAAAUGCACCCGAUCAAUUGCAAAUCACAAGCUGCAGAAGACACAGCUCAGAGCCACUGCAAUGCAAAAAGUGACCGUGAACAACUGGCAAAGACUGCAUUAGCUGCAGGUUCAAGAGACAAUGUUACUGUUUUGAUCGUACUUCUAAAUGGAUGUGAUAAGAUACUCAAUGACUUCAACAAUUAA